AUGGAUACUCCAUUCGUAAAUGUUGGACAGGAUCUCGAGGAUUACGCGCCUAUUGGGACGUUGACGUCGACUUACAACAAUUCCAACGUGGAAUAUACCUUCGAAGAUUUCACACUCGGGUCACAGGAUAGCAUACCUUCUCAUGUAAAGACCUGGAAUGCCAACGAAUCCCGCGGCGGGGGUACAGUCAGCUUGACCAUGCAACAACAUGGCGACGAGGUCUACCAUGCCGGUGCCUUCGAAGGUCUCUCAAAUUGCAGCCCCAACGAAACUGCCACCAACUACAACUGCACCGGAAACUUUGGUGGUAUUGUGCACAUCAACGAUGUCACCGGGACGCUCAGCUAUAACGACAGUACAGUCACGAUCGGCACGGCAUAUGGUGUACACGAGCGUAUCUUGCAAGCGGGUGCCGUGCCUUCACGUAUCUUGAACUGCUUAGGCAAUGCUGCCACCUGCAUCCAUACCUGGGGCGAAAAGAUCGACAGCUGGGUCUUCUCCGUCGACUUUGGGCCAUUGACCCAGUCCCUAGUGAACAUCGACGGCGAGACAAUGGCAACCACUGGAAUCGCAAAUACAUCGCUUGCAGAAACAGCGCAUUGGCUAGACCCGAAGUCAAACCAGCUGGUGCCGUAUAAAUGGCACUCCUGGGCGGGCAUGUCGAAGGGCAGAAUUGACUCUUACGUGACCGCGUUUGGUCGUCUUUACUACUACUGGAUACGCAAAGGUGGCAUGAUCAUCACUUACCAGUACCUCGCCAAUGCCGUGACCACGUUCACGUACCCGAACGGGACGACGAUUUCUGAGUCGCAAGUUGCUUUCAUAGAGUACUUCCGGACUGCGUAUAUAUCAACGCCACUGUCACCUGCCUGA